GCCUAACGAAAUUUAUGAGAUUAAAGCUAAUAAAAAACCAAUGAUACCAAAGAGCCUUGUCGAACUACAAGAAGCAUUAGAAAAUAUCACAGAUGAAAUCUAUAUCAAUGUACCUACCAAACAACAAAAACAAAUCAACCCUACUAUAACAAUUCUUCAACAACACUUCAAAAUACCACAAAUCUCAGACUAUAUACUAGAACUCCCUCUCCCAAAACCAACUUGGGAUAUCUUUGUAUAG